CAUUAAUGUCUGAAAUUGAAGGAAAUCAGCCGUCUAAAGGCCAAACCCAGAACGAUUUAGAAGUAAUCGAUGUAAAAGAAAACGAUAGUUUUCAUGUCAAUUUAGAUGACAUUUUCACUCCCACAGCUGAAGAGAGUGACAAAACUGUAGUUGAAAUCCCAGCAAAUGAGGUAGUCAUUGAAGAGAAGUCUGAAAUAGAAGUUAGUGAGACUGUGCCUUUAGAUUCAGUCCAAAUCCCCUCUCAAGCUGAAUCUCAAGAAAUCCCUUGUCCUAUAGAAGAUAUGCAGAGUAUUAACGGCAAUUCACAAGCAGAGAGUAUUGAGCCAGCAAAGAUAGAUACUGAAGUUAUCAAAGUCCAAGGGACUGUUUUUAAUCAAACAGACUGCAAUAAGGUUUAUGAAUCAGAACGAGUAGAUUUGACAGAAGAUGUAUCAGAGAUCGAUGAACCUCCUCAGAUAACCCCCAGAGUAAAUCCCUCUAAAAUCCUGAACAAUAAAGAAAACACACUAAACAGCAUCUGAAUUCCUACAGAUCCUCUCACACUUGAAGAGCGAGAUUCCUGAAUAAACAAUACUCAGACUAAAGAUAUUGAAAUGACGGGAAACACAUGAAUCUCCCAGAAAAGUGGCAGAAAUAAGUCUCUUAAUAACGAAAAGCAGGAUACUUCAGAUAUCACUGAACAAAUGAGAGAUUUAAACAUUGACCCUACAAAGUACUCACAAGAUCAUAUUAGCAACUUAUGAGAGAGCUUCUCCCAGAAGAUGGACUUAGAUCUUGGAAGAUUAGACUACCUUCCUAAAAUACUAAAAUUUCAAGCCUUUGCAAUAGAUUUUACCAAAAAGAGUCAUAUAGUACAAGAAUUCUGCAAGAGAUGGUGGUAUGUACUCCCAGUAUGGCCUCCUAUUAACUAUGACUACACUCCAUUGCUCAGGAAGAACAACCUUAGACUUGUACAGAAAGAAUACUGGAUGGAAACUCCUGAUUAUAAUGGCAAAGACAUCAAAGAAAAGAAGGUAUUCGAAGAUCCUCAUAACAGAGGGAUUUUUGAAGACUCAGAAGGGCUUCUUUAUGAUCUUAGACCACAUGAAAACUGUCCAUCAAUCUCAAACUUCGCCAAAACUGAUUCAAUUAAGCUUAUGAACCUUCUAUGUGAAGCUUACAAGUGCCAAAUCCAUGAAUUAGAGAACAUAGAUCCUUACAUGAUUCAAGACAUAGAAUUCCACAACCAAAAACUAGUCCUUUACAAUUACUUACGCGAGAAAUUAAUCUCUCACAUAAACGAGCCGCCAGUUGAAUUUCUGGAAGAAUAA